AUGGCCUCAGCCAAGAAGCUGAAAGAACACCUCCAGAAAUUGGAUAGCAGACGAGGGGAGAGUCCUACACUUGUUCCUAGACGGUUCGUCGAGGACAUGGACCCAGGACAAGCUCUGCAACUGGCAGAGAAGUGGAUGGAGAGAGGGGUACCACCCGUCUACUCUAUCAGCGCUUGUUAUUGUGCCGUUGAAGCCAAGGGUGGAGCCAUCCAAGAGCGCCUCGUGAGAUCCCUCAGAGUGUUGCUCAGCAAGUAUGACCCAGAGACGGACGACGGCAAUGAGGUAACAAGGGCAUUCUUUGCUGGAAUAAAGAGGGUGAUCGGCAUCGUCAAGAGUCAAGAGCGACUGGUACGACCAGAACACAUACCUCUUGGGCCGCCACCUCCUCCUAAUCCGGAUCACUUUCCCUAUGAGGCGUUUGCAUCCAAUGAUGUUUGGGACAGGUUGGAAUUAUUUGCAGACAAUCUCUUGGCUUUAUUCAUGCCGGAACCCUUCAACCAAGAAGCACCAGUCAAAGGGAUGUUGGAAGACCUGAAUGAGAAGGUCGCCAAACGAGGCAUGAAAGGUAUCAAUUCCACUGCGAUGUCAAAAGAUUCACUUCUAGACAUCACGAGGGACGGGUACUUCUAUGAUUCCAUGAAUGAUCUGCAUCACAGGAUACCCAUUGAAGGUCGUAGCAGCAACUACGUGGCAAUGACCGGCGAACAUUGGGAACGCAGCUGCAGAUACAUCAGCUUGGCGGGUGCGUCAUUGGGAUUUGCAUUGAGGUUUCACAACAAGAAUCAUCCCGAAGAUCUCACAUCCUUGACUGACCUCAUUCAGAUCAUUGCAAAAGGGCAAUCGGGAGGAACCUUGGAAAGAUGUGCCGCAAUCAACAAUUUCCAGUGCAUCCAAGCGUUGUAUCGAUGCAUUCAUAGGCAUGUCAUUGAGCAAUCUGCCAUUUCCCUCAGACCUGAAACGAAUGCGCAGAUGCUCGCUGCAUUCCAGCAUUUGAAAGAAUGGUUUCCAGAGGUGAAACCGGAUGUGUGGACAGCAGGUUACAAUGUUCUUGGUGCUGAACUAGGAGUCCAUCGAGACCUUCUCGCAAGGGACACGUCGAUCAGUAUCUUGAAUCAGUACAUUGCAGAGCUCCACUUAUCCGAGGCCAACCUGGAUAAAGAACCAGAUCUGGAGACCUUGGGCAAGCCAAAGGAGAAGAUCUACUUAACCUUCGAGAAUCCCUCAAUCGGACCACCCAAUCUGAAAGAUUUCAGUGCGGUGGAACCUCAAUGGUUGUGUCAAUUUCGGAUCCAUCAUGCCAAGAACAAAGGAAGAGAUUGGAGACAGUAUGUGAGAAGGUUGACCGAGGCGACAUUCAAAGAGUUCUCAAGGAAGUUGGCUGAGAAGGUCCAUUCGAUCGGACAGCUCCUGACUACUCCAGUAUUAGUGAACAUCCAGCCAGAUUCAAAGUUCUUCGGGCCAGCAAGAUAUGAUCACAGUCACAUUGUCACCGACAUUGUAGACCAAGUGAGACGAAGUGGUGCCUUGGCCACCAAAUCGUCACGUGCCUGGAAAGCUAUGUACUCAGUUGCAGGUGCUCCCAGUGCGAACUAUAUCACAGGCGGCGACAAGAACAAGAUUUGGGCUGUGAUGGAGAAACAACUCACGAGAGAAAGGGUCAUCCUAUUGUGUUCAAUGAAUAAAGUUCAUGUCAGUGCUUUGAACAACAUGGCAGAGGACGAGAUCCAGGUCCCAAUUUCUCAGGACAACUUCGACCGGUACUUGAACGUUGCUAUGUCGGCAAGUGAUGGGCAACCGAAGAAGACCAGCACGAAGCAUACUGUUGGUGGGAGCUUCAGUCAAGGUACCGAACGGAGGGACAUCAGAUUCGUUCUGAAAGAUCCGGAGCCUGAGGAGGACAGGAUGGAAUAUUGGAUGACGGGAAAUCGGAGAGUUGAGAAUUGCAAAGCCACUGCAGAUGCCGCACCAUAUCUUUGUGAAGAUUGCAACAAACGUGAUGCAUCCGAGGAUUGGAACACACACAAAGACAAUAGAAGCCAUUGUGUGAAUUGCAACUUCAACUUUUGGUGUGUUCAUAGCGGCGCUCCCACGAUUCAACAAGAAAGAGAAAGUAUUUGGGAAACUGCAGUGAGAGCUAGAGUCCUUUGGGAGAAGAAUGCUGAAUGGAACCGUUUGUAUCCAGCGCAGAAUCUCCGUGAAUUCAUGGUCGAGGGUGCGAUGAUGCUAUCCAGGAAGAAUCCGCCUUGGAUUCAAGGAGCAUUGAAAGCUAUUUCGCAUCAUGGUGGAAUCAGAGCCCCGUCGGAACUUGUGGAACAGUACUGUACCCAAGGGAAGGGAUCCACUCUUUUCAUCCACCGAGACUAUGAUCCAGACAGUGAAGACUAUGGCUUCCGAGCGUAUAUGGACUACCCAAUAGACCAGGACAGGACCGAGGCGUCUGUCCCGCCGCGGCCGGAGCUUGGUCGACUGCUGCAGAGCUUUUCAGCGAUGGUCCAUGAUGCCGGAUGGGCUCAAGGUACGCAUGAGAAAAGCAACUGGCUGAUCCCUGGUUGGGUGCUGGUGGGUGGUUGGCCCUUCCGACUUCCGAAGGGGCGGGGCUCACCAGGUGAGUCAGCUGAAGAAGGUUUGGCAAAAUUGCAGAGCAUACUGGAUGCUGGCAUAUUGACCUUCGUGUCUUUGACAGAGCAAGAUGAGAUUCGUGGCAAGCCCUAUUGCUAUAACAGCUUUCGCACCGCAGCAGAGAUGAGACACCAAGAGAUCUAUGGAUCACGAAGAGGAGCGAGGCGAAGAGGCUGUGAGCUACGCUUUUUGCAGUGUCCCAUGGUAGAUGGUGGAACUUGUGCUGACGAGAAAAUCAUACAGCUGCUACAAAAUCUCAUGCAGGAAUUGCAAAGUGGAAGAGCCAUAUAUGUGCAUUGUUAUGGCGGCCACGGGCGAACUGGUAUUGUUGCAUGUGCCCUGUUGUGCUUGAUGCUUGGAGUGACCUCCCACGAAGCGGUGUCCAUGUUUAAUCACCUGCACUCUUAUCGACUGGAGUGCGGUGUGGGUGGCCCAGGUCAAUUCCCUCACAGCGACCUUCAGUUUCAUCAGCUGUGUCGGGUGGUCGACCAACGAGGGCGCUUUCAAUCGACUCUGGUCAGAGAGCCUUGUAACCUCCUUCCACCGGAGAGCAUUGAUUUGGCUACGAAACAUGUUGCGCAAGAGUUAUCUGGUUCGGAUCAGUGA